AUGUCGCUACGGCGCUCGGCCCGCCUCAGUGCUGCGCUCCUCAACAACAAGGUGCUACCACCGCUACAACCUUCCUCCACACCAACAAAGACCGCUAGAUCUCAGCCCAAGAAUGGGAUAACCAAAGUAAAGAAGCCAGCCGCAAGACCAAAAAAGAAGAACCCCAAACCCGAUCUCGAGCAACUCCCUCUCGACGAGGUUCCCCAAGAUACUGAAACCACAAUCCCAGACCCCGAGAACAUCCUCAACCCCCGUCCUCCCAGACUACAAGCCACGCCUCCCCCUCUCGACCGCCCCGUCGAAUUCCACAGGACAAACGCAACCCUCCUAACACCCCAUGGCUCCUCCCUCGUCGCCUACCCACCAGGCACAGAGGACCUCUCGCCCUCGAAGACGGGCCGACCACGCCCAACCGCCACGACCGGCACGCUUCUCGAGAAGGCGCUCGCGCACCUGAUAGCCGCCGAUCCACGCCUGGAGCCGGUCAUCCAGCAGCACCACUGCCAUCUUUUCUCACCCGAGGGCUUGGCCGAGGAAAUCGAUCCGUUCGAGGCGCUCGUCAGCAGCAUCAUCGGGCAACAAGUGUCAGGCGCCGCGGCGCGAUCCAUCAAGAACAAAUUCUUAGCGCUGUUUAACAAAGCGCCGGGCGGAAGUGCGCCAGAUGGCGCAUUCCAGGCCCGGUUCCCCACCCCCGAGGACAUCGUGCAGUGUGAUCUCGUCACGCUGCGGACCGCGGGUCUCUCGCAGCGGAAAGCGGAGUACAUCCACGGCCUGUCGCAGAAGUUUGCGGCGGGCGAGUUGAGCGCGCGGAUGCUGCUCAAUGCGAGCGACGAAGAGCUGGUGGAGAAGUUGACUGCCGUGCGCGGGCUGGGCAAAUGGUCCGUGGAAAUGUUCGCUUGCUUUGCGCUGAAGCGGACGGAUGUCUUUUCUACGGGGGAUCUGGGAGUCCAGAGAGGCUGCGCGGCGCUUAUCGGUAAGGAUGUGAGCAAGCUCAAGGCCAAGGGUGGUGGGAAGUUCAAGUACAUGUCGGAGAAAGAUAUGUUGGAUUUGGCUGCGAAGUUCACACCGUAUAGGAGCCUGUUUAUGUGGUACAUGUGGCGGAUAGAAGAUGUCGAUGUCACCGUGAUGGAUGCCUAA